UCGAGGUCAGGAGGGGACAGAGGGACAGACGGACAGAUGGCUGAGUGGCCUCUCCUCCUCCCGCAGGCCACACACCAUGAGCAUCCGUGUGUGCCCCCGCCUCGGGGUCGGCCUCUGGCUGUGGCUGGGUGUCACCCUGGGACUCGGCCAGGGACAAGCAAGCAGCCGCCUGAGGCUGGCGGUGCUGCCUGAGGACCGGCUGCAGAUGAAGUGGAGGGAGUCGGAGGGGAGCAGUCUCGGCUACCUGGUGCAGGUGAAGCCCAGGGCAGGGGACCUGGAGCAGGAGGUGAUGCUGACUACCAAGACCCCCAAGGCCACGGUGGGGGGCCUGAGCCCCUCCAAAGGGUACACCUUGCAGAUCUUCGAGCUCACGGGCUCAGGGAAUGUCCUGCUGGCUCGGAGGGAGUUUGUGAUCAAAGAUUUGAAGAGUAGCUCUGCGAGCAGGAGCAGCCGGAGGCCACUGGGGGCAGCCCUGCAGCCCAGACCCUCCCACGAGGGGAGCCCAGACCUCGAGCCCCCAGUGGCCUUGGCCCCAAGCCAAGACCUGCCCACGCCUGGUGGGUCCAAGCCGGGGGACGGAGUACCUUGUGAGGAACAGCCCCCACCCAGGGGCCCUGAGGGGGAGGCCCCUGCCCAGCGCACCCCAGACCUGGAAGAGCACAGCCACGCCAGGGCCUCGGCUGGAGGGAGAGAGAAGCCAGCCGGACCCCAGUUCCGCUGCACGUCCCCCACACCCGUGGACAUGAUCUUCCUGGUGGAUGGAUCCUGGAGUAUUGGUCACAGUCACUUCCAGCAGGUCAAAGACUUCCUGGCCAGCAUCAUUGAGCCCUUUGAAAUCGGGCCAGACAAAGUCCAAGUAGGCCUGACUCAGUACAGCGGGGACCCCCAGACCGAGUGGGACCUGAAUGCCUUUGACACCAAGGAGGAGGUGCUGGCCGCCGUGCGUGGCCUCCAGUACAGAGGGGGAAACACGUUCACAGGCCUGGCCCUGACCCACGUGCUGGAACAGAACCUGAAGCCCGUGGCGGGUCUCCGUCCGGAGGCGGCCAAGCUGGUGAUUCUGGUGACGGACGGCAAGUCCCAGGACGAUGCCCGCACUGCUGGCCACAUGCUCAAGGGUCUGGGCGUCGACGUCUUUGCCGUGGGCGUGAAGAACGCCGACGAUGCUGAGCUGAGGCUCCUGGCGUCCCAGCCUCUGGACGUCACCGUGCACAGCGUGCAGGACUUCCCCCAGCUCGGCUCGCUGGCCGGCCUGCUCAGCCGCCUCGUCUGCCAGAAGGUGCAGGGCAGGCGCCCGCGCAGCGGCCCCGCCGCAGCCGCUCCGGCCCUGGACCCCCUUUCCGCUCCCACCGGCCUGGUCCUGACCCGGGUGACCUCCUCCAGCAUCCACCUGUCCUGGACCCCAGCCCCGCGGCCACCCCUCAAGUACCUGAUCGUGUUGCGGCCUUCUAAGGGCGGCGCUCCCAGGGAGGUGGUGGUGGAGGCGCCCGCCUCGUCGGCAGAGCUGCACAACCUGACCUCCAGCACGGAGUACCUGGUCUCCGUGCUCCCCAUCUACAAGGCCGGCGUCGGUGAGGGCCUGCAGGGCCCGGUGACCACAGCGCCCCUGCCCCCACCCCAGGCGCUGACCCUGGCCGCAGUGAUGCCCAGAGCCAUCCACCUCAGCUGGCAGCCCUCGGCGGGGGCCACCCAGUACCUGGUGCAGUGCUCACCCACCUCCCCCAAGGGCAAGGAGGAGGGGAGAGAGGUGCGGGUGGGGCAGCCCGAGGCGCUGCUGGAUGGGCUGGCCCCGGGCAGGGACUACGAGGUGUGGGUGCGGAGCCUGCGAGGGGCAGAGACCAGCGAGGCCCAGAGCAUCCGCGCCAGGACCCCCGCCCUGGCCCCCCCCAGACACCUGAGCUUCUCGGACGUGAGCCAUGACUCGGCCCGAGUGUCCUGGGAGGGCACCGUGAGGCCUGUGCACCUGUUCAGGGUCAGCUACGUCUCGAGCAAGGGCGGCCACUCGGGACAGACGGAGGCUCCUGGGAGCGCCACCUCGGUCACUCUGGGCCCCCUCUCGUCCUCCACCGCCUACACGGUCCGCGUCACCUGCCUCUACCCUGGGGGCAGCUCCUCCACACUGACUGGCCACCUGACCACACGGAAAGUCCCCAGCCCGAGCCAGCUGUCGGUGACAGAGCUGCCUGGGGACAAAGUCCAGCUGGAGUGGGCGGCCGCAGCGGCGUCCGGCGUGCUUGUCUACCAGAUCACAUGGACGCCCCUGGGAGAGGGGAAGGCCCAUAAGAUCUCUGUCCCGGGGAACCUGGGCACGGCCGUCCUGCCCGGCCUGGGGAGGCACUCGGAGUAUGAGAUCACCAUCCUGGCCUACUACAGGGAUGGGGCCCGCAGUGACCCCGUGUCCCUCCGCUACACCCCCCUCAGCUGGAGCCCACCCUCCAACCUGGCCCUGGCCUCGGAGUCGCCUGACAGCCUGCGGGUCAGCUGGACACCCCCGAGUGGCCGUGUCCUCCACUACCAGCUCUCCUACGCGCUGGCCUCAGGCUCGGGACCCGAGAAGUCGAUCUCCGUUCCAGGACCCAGAAGCCAUGUGACUCUCCCUGACCUGCUGGUGGCCACCAAGUACCGGGUCCUAGUCUCAGCCGUCUACGGAGCAGGGAAGAGUGUGGCAGUGUCUGCCACGGGCCAGACGGCCUGCCCGGCCCUCCACCCGGAUGGCUCCCUCCCAGGCUUUGACCUGAUGGCAGCCUUCGGGCUGGUGGAGAAGGAAUACGCCUCCAUGCGUGGCGUGGCCAUGGAGCCCUCGGCCUUCGGCCCCAUCAGGACCUUCACGCUCCUCAAGGACGCUCAGCUGACCCGCCGGGCCAGCGACAUCCACCUGGCCACCCUCCCCACGGAACACACAGUCGUCUUCCUCCUGCGCCUGCUCCCCGAGACGCCCCGCGAGGUCUUCGCGCUGUGGCAAGUGGCGGCUGAAGACUUCCGGCCCGUCCUGGGGGUCCUGCUGGACGCCAGCAGAAAGUCGCUGACCUACUUCAGCCGUGACCCCAGCGCCACCCUGCAGGAGGCCACCUUUGACCUGCCCGAAGUGAGGAGGAUAUUCUUUGGCAGCUUCCACAAGGUGCACAUAGCCGUGGGCCGCUCCAAGGUCAGGCUCUACGUGGACUGCCGGAAGGUGGCUGAGAAGCCCACUGGGGAGGCCGGCAGCCUGCCCACCACCGGCUUCGUCACACUGGGGAGACUGGCCAAGGCCCGGGGCCCCCGGAGCAGCUCAGCCUCGUUCCAGCUCCAGAUGCUACAGAUUGUGUGCAGUGACUCCUGGGCAGAGGAGGACAGGUGCUGCGAGCUCCCGGCUUCGAAGGAUGGAGAGACCUGCCCUGCCUUCCCUUCUGCCUGUGCAUGUUCCUCACAGACCCCUGGGCCCCCGGGCCCCCAAGGACCUCCCGGCCACCCCGGGAGGGACGGAGCCCCAGGAGAGCAGGGCUUCCCAGGGCCCAGGGGAGAGCCCGGGCCACCCGGACAGAUGGGACCCGAGGGUCCUGGAGGUCAGCAAGGGUCACCAGGCACCCAGGGCCGAACCAUCCAGGGACCCGUGGGUCCACCAGGGGUCAAAGGAGAGAAGGGGGACCACGGACGCCCCGGCUUGCAGGGCCACCCCGGCCUCCAGGGCACCCCUGGGAAGGUUGGCGUCCAGGGACCAAAGGGAAUGAGAGGCCUGGAGGGGACUGCUGGCCUGCCCGGACCCCCUGGCCCUAGGGGCUUCCAGGGCACGGCGGGGGCCAGAGGCAGCAUCGGGGAGCGAGGACCCCCGGGGCCUGUGGGGCCCACGGGGCUGCCGGGGCCCAAGGGGGAGCGAGGAGAGAAGGGCGAGCCACAGUCCUUGGCCACCAUCUACCAGCUCGUGGGCCAGGCCUGUGAGUCCGCCAUCCAGAUGCACCUGCUGAAGCUCCACGCCUGUACCCACGAGAGCACCCGGCCCCCCAUGCCCAUCUUGGAGGCCCCCAGGGCCUUUGGCACGCACAGAGAGGCCCGGCUCCCUGGAGAAGGGGGGCACGGUGGCCCCCGCCCAGAGGACAGAGGACGGUCGCCCUGCUGCCCCGAGUGAGCCCGAACGUCCCCCCACCGGAUCCCGGACACCGAGCGCAGCUGGAGAAGAGGGUCUGGAGGCGGAAGGAGGGGAGGCGGAAGGAGGGGAGGCAGAGGCCAGGCCCG